AACACUUAUAAAAUAUGAGAAAAUCAAUGGUUUUUUAAUUAUUUCUUUCUGAAGCUCAGCUACUGCAACUUAAUUUUUUUAAUGUUUGAUAUUUUAAAUUUUUUCCAAACCAAAGCGAUUUGUUUCAGAGAUAACUGAUAAAACAUUGUUUUAUAAAUUUUGUUGUUGAAAUUAGGGUUUUCAACAAAAACUUUUAAAUCAAAUGAUAUUUUGUAAACAUGGACCAUUUAACCAAGUUAAGUCUCAUUUGCCGAAUUUGUGGAGAACAUACAACAAAAGACUCAGUUGAUGUGUGUAAAUAUUCUGAAAGAAUUGGAAAUACUUUUUAUAUAAACACCACCAUAGACAAUAAAAAUAUUCACCCACAAAAAAUGUGUAGGAGGUGCUAUAUCAUUAUGAGGAACAUUGAAAAAGGUUCUAGCACAAGUCUUAAAGUAGUAAAAUGGCCAUCACCAUGUCCAGACAAGUGUUCCUGUUUCUCCAAAGUUUCUGGAAGGAAAGUUAAAAAAUGUAAAGCUGGUCGGUUAUGUAUAAUAGAACAAAAUCAGAAGAGAUGGACCAGGCCAAUCAUUAAUAACUUAAUUGCUAGUAUACCAAAACAAACAUUGCGUUUAAAUGCAAUUGAUAUUGAUCCUGUAGCAAAUCCCCAUUUAGACUUAUGUAUAUGCCAGUUAUGCAACAACAUUAUGUGUAAGCCACUAAUGUUAAAAGAGUGUCAGUAUUCUUUUUGCUCAGAGUGUUUAUUCAGAGAGAUUGAAGGAAAGCUGGAAACAGAAGCAAAAUGCUUUAUUUGUAAUCAACACAUUCCAUUAUAUACAAUUUUAAAUUCUGUUAAUGUAACACUAUUGAUAGAGCACAUUCUUUUAGGUUGCAAUAAGAAAUGUAAAUUAAAAUUUGCAGUUAAAGACAAUGACCUUAAAAAAUUACACGAAGAAAUUUGUAUUGGUGAACAGCUAUUACCAACUAUGAUUUGCAAAAAAAUUCAUGAUGGACUUGAUACAACUCUAGCUGAUGUAUUUUUAUUAAAAGAAAAUGAUACUAUACCACGGAUUGUAGAAGAUGCUGCGUUACAUGUUAUAAAGCAAAAGCUAGUUACCUCUGAAUCAAAUUUGUUUGCAUUUCCUUCCGGAGGACCAAGGCCUUUACAUUUUACUUCCAACUCAAUAGCAUAUAAAGAGAGCUCAGAUGUUAGUAAAAGGACAAUUAAGAAAAGACAAAAAGCCGUUAUAAAUUCUUUAAAUGUGAUCUCUGGUAUGUCCAGCACAUCACAACUUCAGCAAACUUCUGCUAUUUUGAAUUCAUUUGAAGUAAAAGAUCAAGUAAAAAUAUUGAAGAUGUCAGACAUAUCUUUAUCAGUUAUAAGUGCUGAAGAAAUGAUUAGUAUGAAAGCUCAUAUGGGAAUAACAUAUUCAAACAUGAAGAUACUUGCAAGAUGGCUCAAAACCAAAGAUAUAGAAUGUGCAUCAAAUAAAAAGCAACGGAAAGUAGCUAAAUCCUGGUCUGGAGAGGAUUGGGUAGUUUGUAAUGCUCCUUUUAACUUUCUUUUAAAAGACUCCAGUGAUUCAUUUGAAGUAAAAAAUGCUCCUUGGGGAUACAUUAAAGAUCUUCCAUUACAUAUAAUAAACAAACUCAACCUUCUGAAAAGCAAAAAUUUGCUAAAGCAUUCCAAUAUAAAAAAUGACGAAAUUCACAUCAAAAUUGAUGGUGACUAUGGCGGUGGAUCUUUUAAGAUGUGUUAUCAAAUUGUGAAUGUUGAUAAGCCGAAUUCCAGAAGAAACACAAAUAUUUUUAGUAUUUUUGAAGCAAAAGGAUACAAACCAAACCUUAUUGUGGGUCUCUCAAUGUUCACACAACAAAUUAAUCAAUUGCAGUCAUUGUGUUGGAAUGAGAAAAAAAUAAGAGUAUUUAUCUUUGGUGAUUACGAGUUUUUAUGUUCAGGAUAUGGAAUUACUGGUGCAAAUGGUUGACAUGCUUGCUUGUUUUGUCAUAUAACUCGUGCAGGUAUGAAAAAGUCAGAUAUUCAACAAAACACAGUCCUUGUUCCAAUCGCACGCUGGAAACACUUGAUACAGAUCUCCAAAAAUUCAUUCAAAAAGGUCGAAU